CGAGAAAGGGGCUUGCACGGGAAAAUCCACACAUAAAAUGGAAUUAAGAAACGGAAUAUGUAGAAUGUGUCUGGCUUCCGGUAAAAAAAUGUCCCCACUGUUCGACUCCAACGCAUAUUCUGAGUUGUUAGCCAUUGUUCGAAACAUUGUAAGAUUACAGAUUAGUGAAGAUGAUGAAUUUUCAAAAAUGAUUUGCAAACAGUGCAUUGCGCGGCUGAAGACAAUCGAUGAACAUAUAAAGAUGUUUCACGAAUCCGAUCGCAAGCUACGGAGUGGAAUUUCUGCCCAUUCAAAAGAUCGCGGAAAAGAUUUGGCACACGAUUUGGAAGGAGAACAUGUUUCUAGUCAAACGCACCUUCCGGCAGACGUAGUAGAUGAGUCCGAGGACGUUCUUGUCAUAGAGAAGAUUAAAACCACAUCCACAAAACAGGACGAUUAUCCCACAAACGAAACCGCCAAGGUUGAAACCAAAACUACUCGUAGAUCGGUACGUAUUCGCACUCAGUGUGAACAAUCGAAAAACUUCCCGGAAGAGGAAACAGACGAUGAACCAUCGAGAGAAGGGCUGGAUAGCGAUAAUGAAAGUAGAGACAGUACCUUCAACACGAAAGCCGAGCUCAGUUCCAUCCCCGCUGCUCAGUUAGUUGUGAACGGUGAAACCAAAAUGAAACGACAAAAGAAAGUUAUAAACCUACCUCCAACUAACCAAGCUACGAAGGACACAUCCGCACGCGCACCAAUGCUGCACGAUUUUAAGUGCUACAUUUGUAGCAGUGAACCGUUAGGUUCUCGAAAAGCUUUGAUAGAACAUCUAGCUACGCACGUGGACAAGGUACCUUACACCUGCAACCAGUGCGUCAUGGAGUCGAUCGUACUAACACGUGUGCGUACGUUAAACACGCACAUGAAGAUGCACGAACAACCGAUCAAGUGCGAUUACUGCGAUCGUCGCUAUAGUAACGCGGCCGGUAAAUACUAUCACACGCAUACGUACCACCUGGGCGGUGGUGCUCCUUGUACCGUUAAUUGUAAGAUUUGUGGCAAACAGUAUGGUUCCCAAGCUGCACUCAAGCAGCACAUGAAGUAUCACACCACGACGCUAAAAUGCAGCAAGUGUGAGAUGGUAUUCAACCAUCCAAACAAGCGGCGGAACCACGAGCUUACGCACAACGAGGACAGAGGGUACGAAUGUGUCGUUUGCAAAAAGGUGCUGCAAACCAUCGAAUCGUACGACGUGCAUCUGAAGAAACAUUCCCAGGAACGUAGCUACCAGUGUACGCUCUGUCCGAAGAAGUUUAACACAUCGUUCAAUCUGAUACUACAUCUGAAGGUGCAUGCGAAAAACUACAACUAUCGACCGGCCAAAUCUUGGGUAGAGCACUACACGAUACUAAGCCGCGAUCCGAUGCAGUACAAGUGCAAUCACUGUGAGCGUUACAGCACCGAUAAGGUAAACAACAUGAUCUCGCACCUGCAGGCCCACUUUAAGGAGUACGAAUGCGAUCAAUGCAAACGGUUGUUCGCAACAGGUAAACAGUUGCGGGCGCAUUACACUACGCACACCGGUGAAAAAUCGGAAAUGUGCCAACACUGUGGCAAAUGCUUUUCCACCAAGAAUAAUUUGCGUAUCCAUAUAAAAUCUCACGAGCGUGAAAGCGGUGCGGCUAACGGCGUUGUUCGCAACGGUAAACUGCCUGCCGUACAUGACUAUCCUCCCGAACCUUGUAUAGAAGUUGAAGCAGUAUCAAACAGUACCAGUAUUAAUACGUCAGAGAAACAAUACAAUAACACCGCGAUGGAUAAGGACGCUUUUCACCACAAAUUGCUACUUGCAAAUAUGGGGAAAAUUUGUAUUUUUCCCAAGUGUGUACCUACGAUUCGGGAUUUUGUAGUGUUUCCUUUCACCCGUACACGAGAACUAGAGAAUUGGUGGAUAAAGUCAGGCUGGUCGAACGUGAUUCCUCUCGACAGCUUGCCUAGCAAAAUUUUGAUCUGCGAGGAACACUUUGAAAAGGAUCUCAUCAACAGACACUACAAGGUGCCGAGGCUUGCUCUGGGUGCUCUACCUACGCGUAACGUUGCAUGUCCGGUAAGAAAAGCUGCACCGUCGAAUCAAAAGGCACAGGAUAUGCAUCAAACGUAUUGCCGACUGUGUGGACAACAGCAAACAAACAAACUGGACGACGAACUUGAGCUGCUGUCUAAUCUAGAUGCAAUUUUUCAAUAUCAUCUGCAACUGUCCGACUUCACAAUGCUACCAGCCGGUGUGUGCCGCUAUUGUAAAGAAAUGGCCACUGUGGUACAAACGUUUUGGAAGAAAUGUUCCGAGGCUCAAGAAACGCUGAAAACGAUAUUGAACAAUCAAACUACCCUACUUGAGUCGGAACCUUCGGGCGAAACUAACUUACCACCAGAAGCUAUAUCCCUAGCUCGGUCCAGCUGCUCCGUCACAAAUGGGAAUAAAAAUAUAUUCGUUAAAAAAGAAUCAUUUCCAGCCGAAUGCGAAGAAAUCGUGAUCGAUGCGACAUCAUCCGAGGUAAUAGAGGAGCAAUUCGCAAACCAAUACGAGUUCGAAUCGUACGGUGAAGAAUUGCCCGCCAAUAAUGCGGACGGGUGUGAUGAGGAUAGGGAACUGCGAGAAAAUGAAAGUCAACUUAUAUCAGAAACUUAUUCCUUGGAAGACGGGGAUGAAUUUUCGUCCCAAGAGCUGCCUGCAAAUUUCUCAUCUUCGGACAAGGAAGAGCAUAAUGUUUCUGACAAAACUGACGCAUCGGAGACGACACAUAUUUGCGAAAUUUGUGGUAAUUCAUACAAGACGCUAAAUCGGCUUAAGGCACACAUCAAGCUGCAUAGCAACGCUCGCAACCAUCAGUGUAACAUAUGUGGCCAUAAGUUUAAGACGCGCCGAGGCUUAUCGGAACACGUGGAAUCGAAACAUGAGGGCAAAUCGUUUGCCUGCAGCAUAUGUGGCAUGCAGUACAGUUGGAGAAAAGGGUUGCAGCGGCACAUGAUCAGUCACAAGGGCAAGGCACCGAAAUAUAACUGCAAAAUUUGUGGCAAAGGUUUCCCAGUUCCUCACAAGCUAAAACAGCACAUGAUGCUGCAUACUGGCGAUCGGAUCCAUUGUGAAUAUUGUGGCAAGGGUUACAGAUUCAACUACAUGUUAAUGCAACAUAAAAUACGUGUACACAAUAUUGUUAUUGAAGGAGUUAAGCUUUACUCUUCAUCGAAAACGAAAAAAAUGGUAGAAUCUCAAAAAAACGAAAUAGUAUAAACGGUUCUUCUUAAUUCUUUGACAACUCAACUGCACGAAGCCACGAAGAAUACGUAGCAUUGUUUCUUAUACAAAACGUAAUUGUAAUCACAGAUAGACAUAAGGCUAGCCAAAUCAACACCGAUUAGUUACUACUAUUUAAAGGUAAACUGUGGCGCUUGCCAAUCUUAAAUUGUAUUAAUAUAGAUUUCCUUCUUUGACGUCGUCCUUGUAAAAACAUCGUUUGCGUAAAAUGUAAAUGUUAAAUAAAUAUUUAAAUUAUCUAUUGUAA